AUGCAAUAUAACUAAAUGAUCAAUUCUGUUGUAGAAGCUCCAACAAGAGAAUAUCCUAAAAGAUAAUUUGUAUUAACAAAGCUUCUUGGAGCAGGAGGUGAAGGAGCAGUAUAUUUAGCUACAGCUGAUAAUUGGGGUAAUAAUCCUAAAAAAGUUGCUCUUAAAUUUCAAAAGAAUAUGGAAGAUAAUGAGAAAUAGUUUAUAUAAAAUUUAAUACAAUAUUAAAACAUUUAUGAGAAUGGAAAUAAUCAACAAUACACUCCCAGUAACAUAAUUCGAAUAUUUGAAUAUUUUGAAUGGAAAGCUAACCAUUGCAUUAUUAUGGAAGUAGGCUCAGAAAGUUUAUAUGAUUAAAUAGCUAAAAAUAACAAUUAAUCCAUAGAUGACAAAAUAAAAAUAUGUUUUGAUGUAAUAAUUUUAUUUUUAAUAAACUUAUAGAUAACUCAACCAAUCCUUUUUUUACAUAAAUAAAAAUUAAUCCAUCGAGAUAUCAAACCAGAAAAUUAUAUAAAAGUAGGAGAUAUUUUUAAAUUAAUUGACUUUGGCUUGGUUCGUGGAUCUGCCCCUUUCGACUUAAAAGCAUAAUAAGUUGGCACUUUAAUAUUUCAAGCACCAGAACUUAUAGAACCAUAGAAUAAUUAUACAGAAAAAGUUGAUAUCUGGGCAUUAGCAUGUGUGUUUUAUGAAGUAUUAUCUUCUAAUUCAUUAUUUAAUGGUAUACUAAAUUUAUAUUUUUAGGAUCAAGUUUCAAUGAAAUAAUAAAUUUAAUAAAAAGUCACAAAACUAAGCCAGAUUUUGCAAAAAUAAAAUAAUUAUAAACUCCAGAAGAGAUUAAAUAAUUGAUAAUAUCGAUGUUAAAUUAUGAUGCCUCUAAAAGGCCUUCGAUAGAUAAGGUUUAUUAAGACUUAUAAAAUUACUUAAUAAAAAAGGGUAUCAUGCCACCUCCUCCUUCACCUCCUGAGAAGGAUAAAAAUACUGGAACUCAAUAACAAUAGUAAAAUGUAAAAAUAUAAAGUGAAUAAUAGAAACCGCAAAAUUAAGAAAAACCAACAGAAUAAAAAUAAAAAGAUGUACAAAAUCCUCAAAUUGACAAUAGAGGAACUGGUUUUCCUGCAAAUUUAUAAACAAAUUAAAAACAAGAACAAGAAAAAAAACAGCCUCAGAAUAUAUAACCACAACAAUUAGAAUAAAAAGAAAAACUAUAAAACAAUUUAAGUGAAUAAUAGAUUAUAACAAUGAUUGAAAAUAAAUGCUAAUCAAUAAUUGAAAAUAAAGUCUAAUUAAAAAUUGAAAAAGCAUUAUAAAGUUAAAAAGAAACUUAUGAAAACUAAAUUAAAUCUACAUAAAAAGAAAUAAACUAAUUAAAAUUAGAGUAAUAAUAAAAAUUAGAAUAAAAUACAAAAUUAUUCGAAGAAUAAUUAGAAAAAAAUAUUUAUUCUUAAAUAUAAGUAGAAUAUUAAAAAUUAGUAGUAUAAACUAAAAAUGAAUUAGAAGAGAGAUUUAAUAAAAUAAAUUUAUAAGCAACAUAAUAGCAACAAUAGAAUUAAAAUACACUCAUAUAAAAAUAAUUUGAAGAUUAAAGAUAAUCUUUUACUUCUUCAUUAUAAUAAUAAUAAGCAGAAUAUUAAAAAUUAGUAGCGUAAAAUAAAAAUGAAUUUUAAGAGAGAUUUAAAGAGAUAGAAUCCUAAUAACAAUCAUAAAAAGCGAAAUAACAAUUAAUAGAAUAAAAUUAAAUAUAUUUAAAAGAUUUUUUAGAAUAACAAUCUUAAAUCUAAAAUUAUAACAUUUAAAAACAAUUUGAAUCCAUCGGUUCUUAAUUCAAAGAAUAACUAGAAUAAUAUUUACAUUUAGAAAUUUAAAAAAGUUAAAAUGAAUUAAUAGAGAGAGUUAAAAUAAUAGAACUUUCAAUGUAAUAAAAAUUCAAUGAAUUAACGUAAAUAAAAGCACUUGAGAAUAAUGCCUUUGAAAUGAAAGUUGUUUCAACUUAACUAGAAAAUUCAAAUAGUGUUGAAAACUAGUAGGAUGUUGACGGAAAUUAAUUAAUGAUUGAUAUUGACAAUUCAAAGAAUUAAUUAUAAGCGAAUACUAAUUUAGAAUAAUAAUAAAAAAAUCAAAAUGUAAUUUUCAAUUAAGAGUCGGAUUCAACUAAAUAAAAUAAAUUAGAAAAUAUUGAAAAGUAUAAACAAGAGAAAGAUUUUAUCUUCAAAUUAUUUUAACUUUUUAACUAAAAUCUAGUUUAAGAAUUAAAAAACUUAAUAGGAAAGUAAAAUUAAUUAGAGUCAGAAUAAUAUUUGCAGAAUUAGAAUCAAUCUGACCAAUGUCAAAAUAACUAAGAUAACAAUUUAUUAUAAAAUUAACAAUAAUAGUAAGUUUAAUCAAAUAAUUAAUAAGUUUAAUAAAAUAUUUUAUAAAAUGAAUAACUCUAAUCUUAAUAAAAAGAUUAGUAAAUUGAAUAAGAACCUUAGAACAAUCUAAAGAACUAAGAAGACAUUUUAUUAUAAGAUUAUCAACAAUAGUCUUAGAAUGUAUCAAAUACUUAAUCAAAUCAAGAGUCAUCAUCUUAAUAAUAGUAUUAGAAUGAUGAAAAUAAAAUUUAAAACAAUAUUAAUGAAUAAGAAAACAAUAAAUUCUAACAACAACAAUUAUAAUUUAACUUUGCAAAGUAAAAUUAAUCAGAGGAUUAAUAAUUAACUUUUGAAUAAACAUCGGCAGACAUAUUGUCAUAAUUUGUUUCAUAAUCAAAUGUAUUAUAAAAAAAUUUUAAUCAAUUAGAUGAAUCAACUAUGAAUGAAUACUAGAGUCUUUUUUAAAAUUUAACACAGGAAUUAUUUAGUUAAGUUGUAACUUUAGGAAAGUAGAUUAAUGAUUUAAAAAAAUAGAAUUAAGUUUAAAAUAAUGAGAACAAAAAGUAAAUUAAUACUUUAAAUGAAGAGAUUUAAGAGAUAAAAUAAAAGAAUUAAAUUUAAAUUAACGAGAGGUAAUAAUAGAUAGAAGCUAAAGCAAAGUUGAUUAAAGAAUUAGAAUAAAAGAAUUAAGAUUAAGUUAAUGAGAGCAAAAAAUAGAUUGAGACUUUUAAUAAAGUGAUUGAAGAUUUAAAACAAUAGAAUGAGAAUUAAACUAAGGCGAACAAGUAGUAGAUUGAUACUUUAAAUAAAUUGAAUGAAGAUUUAAAAUUAUAGAUUUAAGUAUAAGCUAAUGAGAGCAAAAAGUAGAUUGAUAAUUUAAACUAAAAAAAUUAAAAUUGA